AGUGGGGUCCCCUUCCCGUGCAGGAUUUCUGUGGGCUGAGCGCCCCUCUGCCAGUCCCGGCCGGGUGGGGGGAAGCCGGGGAUUGCUGGUGCUCAGGAGAGGCAGGCAGAAGCCCAGCACAUCCCGGUCAGCAUCGCUGCCACCUGCCCGCGGUGCACUGUGCUCCGCUCUCAGCCGAGCCUUGAGACGUUCCAGGGGAGAAGGGUGAGCGCGCUGCGACUCGUGAUUUUUUUUUUUUUUUUUUUUUUUUUUUAAAGGCGAUCACGUUAUUGUACGGCCUUUGGGAGGGGCUGGGUGGAGGCGGGCAGGGGACCGUCCUCCGCCUCCAUCGCCCUCCGCCCGGGGGAUGGAGCUUGCAGAGCAUCCCCUCCCUCCGUGCCGUCGCUGCUCUGCCCUGGGGUGGCGGCUCCUCGCCCACGGGCCCGCCGCAGCGAGGGCGGCCGGGGCGCUCCCGGUGUCUGCAGGGCGCGGGGUUGCGCCGCCGCCUCUCCCCCGGCACCAACCUGCACGGCUGGCAGUAAACCCCUCGCUCCCCGCCGGGAAGCGAGGGCGGUCCACACCGUGGAGCUUUCCUCCGCCCCGCUUUUUUUCCUUUUUUUUUUUUUUUUUUUUUUUUAAACUUUCCCCCUUUUUUUUCGUUCCCCGUUUUUUCCUUCUCCAGGAAGGAGGAGGACGCCCCGUGCCCGCUUUCCGCGGAGUCCCGGAGCGCGCCCGGCCGCGCCGAGGGGCCCCGGGCGCUGCCGCCGGGACGGAGGGGCGGGAUGGCGGUGUCGGCCCGCUGGCUCUUGUGCCUGUGCCUGGGAUGGAGCUGCCUAUGCCUGGCUCUGGGGGACGCGCCGCGGCCGCGCCGGCUCGGGCUGCGGCGCCGGGCUGCGCCGGGAGCCGUGCGGGGCGGGCGCGCCCGGGCGGCCGCGGGUGACGACGGCCCGGGGCAGCGGCGGGGCGGGCGGCCGCCGGCGGCGGACCGAGUUGCGGAGCACAUGCUGCGGCUCUACGAGCAGUAUCGCGGCGGCCGGGACUCGCCGACGCCGCCCGCGCCCUGGGUCCGCCGCGGCAACACCGUGCGCGGCUUCCGGCCGCUGCCGGCAGGGAGCCCCAAAGGCCAGGAGAUUUACGUUUUUAACUUGUCAUCACUCGCAGAGUCUGAAAAUGUCUUGUCAGCUUCGGUGUAUUACUAUAUUGGUGAUCUGCUGCACAUGAAGUGGAACUGUUCCCAGUCCUGUGGCUGUUCUCGUCACAGGCACAGGAAACCUGAAAUUCAGAUGGUUCUUUCACUUUGGACCUUUCCUUCAGCUGGGAGCCUGAGUCGGAGCCUGGGACAUUUCCUCAUAAAUGUCUCCUCGGCUUACCAGGACAUCCUUUCCUGGCAGUGGAAGGAUAUCACUCAGCUGCUACAUGAAGCAAAGCAAAACAAUGAACUGCUGAUCAGUGUUAAAAUGGAUCUGCCCAGCCAUCAUCCCUGGGAAAGAGCAUCUUCCUCCUACGAGCCCUACAUCCUGAUUUACGCCAAUGAUUCUGCUAUCUCAGAGCCAGAGAGCGUUGUCUCUACUUUGCGAGGACGUAGUCAUCCUCUGGCGAGGGUCCUUCCCAAGCCAGAGAUCCACACAAGGAGCAGCAGCACCGCUAAUCCUCGGAGAAAACGCUCUGCAAACGUCCUGUUGCCAUUGCAGAACAAUGAGCUUCCAGGAGCCAAGUACCAGUACGGUGAGGAUGAGAGGUGGGAAGGCAGAAAACCCUACCAGACCUUGCAGCCUCAACUAGCGGACAGGGCCAGGAGUAAGAAAAAGCAGAGGAAGAAUCACCUCCAGAAGACCCAGACUCUGCAGUUCGAUGAGCAAACACUGAAGAAGGCGAGGAGGAAGCAGUGGAACGAGCCCAGAUAUUGUGCCCGGCGCUACCUCAAGGUGGAUUUUGCAGACAUCGGCUGGAGCGAGUGGAUUAUUUCCCCUAAGUCAUUCGAUGCCUAUUACUGCUCAGGAGACUGUCAAUUCCCAAUUCCAAAGGCCAUGAAGCCGUCCAACCAUGCCACCCUCCAGAGCAUUGUGAGAGCGGUCGGAGUCGUCCCCGGCAUUCCCGAGCCUUGCUGCGUUCCCGACAAAAUGUCCUCUCUCAGCAUCUUGUUCUUUGAUGAGAACAAAAACGUGGUUCUGAAGGUGUACCCCAACAUGACAGUAGAGUCCUGUGCGUGCAGAUAACGCCUUGGGAGGCCUUUGGGCAAUGCCCGGGUGAUCACUUGGGCAAGAGUCUCAUCACACCUACUUCAUGUUUGCACUGCCAAAUGCAUUUCCUUUGGACACAAAAGAGAAAAUGUCAAGAAAUCCAAUCGAUGACGACGGGAACAGAAUGGAUUCCAAGGCAAGUGAGUAGAAACUUCAUUUGUCUGUGAUGGUCUGAGACACAAGGCUUGGGAAUGGGACCUGACUGUACCUGUUGAAAGUGAGAGGUGGAAGAAAAAUCUGCAGAUUUUUGUGACGUUGACUCUCAAAGGACAUCGUGAUCUAUUUUUGUACAACGUUUUGGAAGCAGCAGAAGCUGGGAAUUCUUAUCUCUGUUCUAAUGGUGACUAAUGGCAGGGGGAGGUUAGAAAUGUAAUAGUCUUAAUUUUAAAGCGAAGUUUAUUGCUUUAGGUUUUAGAGUAGUACAGCAGGGCAGGCAAAGCCAGUCAUCCUAAAAGCUGUAGAUAACCCUACCUGACCAUGCAUCUCCUUGGUUGGUACAAGGUACCCACCUUGUGUGUGAGUUCCUUUUCACUGAUACCGGCUCUGUAAUCCGGCUCCCUGGAGCUCCAGACUGCUAAGGGCAUCACUGACUUGUGCUGUGGAAACUCAGCGGGCCCAGGGUGUGAAAAUACCCCACUGAGUGACUUGUCCGAAGGACUCGGGUCCUAGAACGCACUUGUCCAUGAUCUGCGGGUUGUCUGCCCGUAGCCAGGUUCUGCAGUGGCCUCCCCUCCCUGGGAACAAGCAGCAGGAUCAGAGGUCACAGCCUCAGGCUGACCAGGGACGUUCAGGCUGGACUUGAGGAAGAAUUCCUUCAGGGAAAGGAUGCAUUUUUAAAUUAUUUCUGGUGAAAGGUUUAUCUGUGUACAGACCGUGAAUUAAAAAAAUAAGAAAAAGAAA